AUGAGUGGCAGCUCGAAUCAAUCGACCCGUACGAGUCCAGGCUCCUAUAGUACAACCCAGCGCACGCCUUCCGUGUCGUCGGGCGCGUCGCCUCCGCACCAGUCGCUCCCAAACUCCCAGGUGCCCUCGACGGCUCAGAAUGCGAUGCCGACCGACGUGUACAGUCCUUCCGCGUCGCAAGCGCCAACGUCGCUAGGUUCUUCAUUUCACUAUCCAUUUUCGUCUAUUGGCGCGUCGACACUUGACAGCGUUCCACCCGCCACCACCAUGCGCCUAAGCGAUUCCGACAGGUCGCCGCAGAGCCUCAGCAGCUUCGUCCGACCGAACAGCGGCGGCGCAAUCCUGAUGCGAAAUCUUCCGAAUAACACCAGUCGCGAGGCCCUGCGCAGCAUGCUGCUUUUUGCGAAAGACCUCGUUGAUGUCGACUUCGAGCCCGUCGGCCUUCCUAAUGAAAACGGGUAUGUGAGUGCGAUCGCGCGUUUCCGCACCGUCAGUGCCGCGGAGGAGGCACGCGCUCUACUCCAUGGCAAGCCAAACUCAAACAACGAUGCCAACAUGAUCGUGGAGAUGUACAACGGCCCUAUCGGUCCAUCCCUGGUACCCAGACGCAGCACUAUCGACCACACCGCGACGCCGUCUCUCCUGGGGUCAGCCCCAUCCAAUGGCCCCUUGGGGCGGUCGCGUUUCAACGGGACUUUCCAAAGUAUGGAGAAACUGUCUGGUACGAACCCACCGUCGACCAACGAUGGCCUCCCUCCUUCUGAGGCGGGAUCCCGAAUGCAUAAUCUCUUCUCACCCCAGUCGCCGAUCGGGAAUGGCGUCCAUGACCUUCCGCGCAUUAGUGGCAAAUCGAUGAUUGACCAGGAUGUGGAUGAAGACACAGGCGAGUUACUGAAAGAUCCCGUGGGCUAUGCCGAGAAUGGACACUCCAGUUCUGUCUCCCUCCCUCGCCGGUCCACCAACCCUCAAUUCCCUACUAGCCAAUUUGCAAAUCUUUCUCUUGCGUCGAAUAUGUCUUCUCCACCGCUGUCCAAUUACACCCCUGGUGGGAACGUUCACAUGGGACUUCCAAACCACGCCGCCGCCUUCUCUCAACAGUCAAUGGCCAACAAUCUGGGAAACACUCAUGCUCACCCUUAUCCGCAUCCGCAUACGGCCCGGCAUAGUCUUCCGGCUGCGAACCCGAAUGAUAUGAACCCACCUUGCAAUACCUUAUACGUUGGCAAUCUACCGCCGGAUGCGUCGGAAGAGGAGCUAAAAGCUCUCUUUUCCAAACAACGCGGCUACAAACGCCUUUGCUUCCGAAACAAGCAAAAUGGGCCAAUGUGUUUUGUCGAAUUCGAGGAUGUGGGCACGGCAGGCAAAGCGCUGAACGAAUUGUACGGCUACAAACUUUCCAACAGCGCUAAAACCGGGAUCCGUUUGAGCUUCUCGAAAAACCCCCUAGGGGUCCGGUCGGGUCAACCAGGUUCCAACACUGCCGCGAAUGGCGCGGCAUCGACAACAGUGGUGCAUGGAGGCAACAGUCUCGGCGGGAUGCAUAACCAUAUAUUCUCGACAGUGAGCGGACCACCUCCUGGACUCGCCCCACCAAAUUUUAUUCCACCGGUGCAGAUGCGUAAUGGAGCCGUCCACCCAAUGGCUAACAAUGCCCCAUUCCAUCCGAACACAGGCUUGGGCAUUCGGGCGCAUGCCAUGAACCCGCUGUCUUCCCCUCCACCGCCUAAUGGCGGGGGAACCAGCACCGCUUCUGGUUAUUUUCCUGACUAUAUGAUGGGCCGUUAA